AUGUCUCUGAAAGGUAAAAUCGCCCUGGUUACCGGUGCUUCCCGAGGAAUUGGAAAAGGUAUCGCCAUUGAGCUUGGUGCCGCCGGAGCGACUGUUUAUGUGACCGGUCGCAGACCCGAGAACGCCGUAAAAUUUGCCAAUUCAACAACUUUGUCCGAAGUCGCUGAUGAAAUCACCCAAAGAGGAGGAAAAGGAAUUGCCGUUUAUGUUGACCAUGCUGACCCAAAGGACGUCAAGAACUUGUUUGAGAGAAUCGACAAUGAAAACAAUGGCCAAUUGGACAUCUUGGUGAACAACGCUUAUGCUGCUGUUCCUUUUAUUGGCAGUCAUGUUGGGAAGAAGUUCUACGAGUACGAAGAGAGUCCAGAAGAGGCUUGGGAUAUUGUGAACAAUGUUGGGUUGAGAAAUACGUAUGUUUGCUCUACCUAUGCCGCUAAAUUGAUGGUGAAGAGAAAGAGUGGGCUGAUUGUGACCAUCGGGUCAAGGGGAGGGAUGAAACAUCUGUUCAACGCUGCUUAUGGAAUCGGAAAGGACGCUGUAAGUCCAAUACGAAGGUUUCCGUUUGUACAGGAUAGAAAUAAUCUUUUCAUUUCUUUCAGGGGGAUCGUUUGGCCGCUGAUUUGGCCAUUGAACUUCAAGGAACUGGAGUCAUCUCGCUUUCGGUUUGGCCGGGCGCUGUCAAGACUGAGGCAAUCGAUGCAUCUACAAAUAAGCUGGUAAGAACAUUACCGUUGAAAAAAAACACUACUAAACCUAUCCAUAGCAAUAUAUUGCUAGAUUUAGCGCUCCAAAAGGCUCCGUUUAAUGACUACUUGAGUGUAAAAUGUAUUUUAAUGGCCUUUUUACGUCAGACUUCACAAUAUGUGGCCGUAAUCUUACGCUUGUUUCAGAUCCCAUCCGCCGUUUUUGACAACGGGGAGAGUAUUUACUUUUCUGGAAAAACCAUUGCAAAACUUGCUGCCGACAAAGAACUGCCCAAGUUUAAUGGUAAAAUAUUGUUAAGCUACGAUCUGGCUGUGAGAUACGGAGUCAAGGAUGUGGAUGGAAGUAAGGUUCAAUAAGCGAGCAACAUUCUUUUAGGAGUCGUCGUACCACCGCAAUUGGAGGAAAGACAGCAAUUCGCUGAGCUGAUUAAUAAGAUUCGAGCCGGAGAUCUGCACAAGUAA